AUGGUGGCUGUAUGGAUGCUUUUACUUGCGAGUUUCUUGCUUGUUGCCGUAGUUGACGGAAACGAUACCUAUGAGGAUAAGUUUUAUUUUGAUACAUUUCCUGAUGGCUUUGCAUGGGGCACAGCCACCGCAGCAUACCAGGUAGAAGGAGCUUGGAAUGAAGACGGAAAAGGUGAAAGUAUAUGGGAUAGGUAUUCUAGAAUACCAGGAAAUGUUGACGAUGGCAGUACAGGAGCUAUAGCAUGUGAUAGCUAUCAUAAAUAUAAAGAAGACGUUCAGAUGCUGAAAGAUAUUGGUGCCACUCAUUAUCGUUUUUCCAUCUCCUGGCCUAGAAUAUUACCAGAUGGAACCAAUAAGACCAUCAAUACUAAAGGAAUAGAUUAUUAUAAUAAUCUAAUAUCAGAGUUAUUGAAAUACAAUAUAACACCAGUAGUCACAUUAUACCACUGGGAUUUACCACAAGCUCUGAUGUAUAAAGGUGGUUGGUUAAACGAGGAUAAUAACAAAUAUUUUGCUGAAUAUGCUCGGCUGUGCUUUCAGCAUUUUGGUAAUAGGGUGAAUCAUUGGAUUACAUUCAACGAACCAUGGGUGGUGUCGAUUCAAGGUCAUGGUAUUGGAGAUAUGGCACCAGGUCUGAAAGGCCUUGGCACCAAUACAUACAUAGUAGCUCACAACAUAUUGAAAUCACACGCUUUGGCUUUUCAUAUUUAUGAUGAGGAGUUUAGAAAAACUCAAAAAGGUCAAAUUGGUAUAACUUUGAGUUUUUCCUUUGCGAUACCGGAAGAUCCCGGUAAUCCAUCCGACCUCGAAGCUGCUGAAACAGCUAAUCAAUUUAGUUUUGGAUGGUUCGCACAUCCAAUUCUAGUCAAUGGAGAUUACCCUGAAAUCAUGAAGUCUCAGGUCCACAAUAAAAGUAUGGAAAUUGGUUUGUCUCAAUCUAGACUUCCAGAAUUUUCUGACGAUGACAAGGCGAACAUCAAAGGUACAGCCGACUUCUUAGGUUUAAACCAUUAUACCUCUGUCUAUGCCACCGCCAUGAAUUUACCAGCAGAUCCUCCUAGCUUUUUUGAUGAUUCAGAUGUUAAAACGUUUCCCGAUCCUGAAUGGCCAAGAUCUGGUUCGAGUUGGUUGAGGGUGUAUCCUAAAGGUUUUAGAGCGGCAUUAAACUGGCUAAAGAAGAAGUACAAUAACAUCCCUGUUUAUUCCACAGAAAAUGGGGUGUCAGACAGAAAUGAUACCCUGUAUGAUCAGAAUAGAAUCAACUACUAUAGAGACUAUAUCAAUGAGAUGUUGAAAGCGGUUAAGAUCGACAAAUGUAAUGUCAAGGGUUAUUUCGCCUGGUCAUUAAUGGAUAAUGUAGAGUGGUCACGAGGUACAACAGAGAAGUUCGGCAUGUACAGAACAGACUUUACCAAACCAGACAGACCAAGGACUCCUAAAGCUUCCUCAAGAUACUUUAGACAGAUUACUAAGGACAAUGGGUUUAAACCAGGCUAUCCUGGGCUAAGUGGUAUGGCUACUGGUUUAGUACCAUACGAGAAUGAGUUUCUGUAUGACGACUUUCCUAAAGAUUUUAAAUGGUCAACCGCUACCGCAGCUUACCAAAUUGAAGGUGGUUGGAACGAAGGGGGAAAGGGUCUGAGUAUAUGGGAUGUGUUUAGUCAUGAACAAGGCCACAUUGUUGAUAAUUCUACAGGAGAUAUAGCUUGUGAUAGCUACCAUAGAUAUAAAGAAGAUGUUAAGCUGUUAAAAGAGUUAGGGGUGUCAUAUUAUCGAUUUUCAAUCUCAUGGCCCCGUAUUCUACCUAAUGGAACACCAGAUCACACCAAUCAAAAAGGAAUAGACUACUAUAAUAAACUCAUCGACGAUCUCCUGGCUAAUGGUAUACAACCGAUGGCAUCUCUGUAUCAUUGGGAUUUACCUCACGCGUUACAACUGAAAGGUGGUUGGCUAAACGAUUCCAUUCCAGAUUGGUUUAAUGACUACGCAAAGAUUUGUUUCGAAAAAUUUGGUGAUAGGGUAAAAUACUGGAUGACAAUAAAUGAACCGAGCUCGAUAUCUGUGAUAGGUUAUCAAGUUGGUGUAAUGGCCCCUGGUAUGAAAGGAGGCUUAAAAGCUCGCUACCACGUAGACUAUAAUUUAAUAAGAGCUCAUGGUAGAGCUUAUCGGUUAUAUGAAAAAGAUUUUAAGAAAACACAAAAAGGUAAAGUCAGCAUUGUUCUCAGUUUGAAUUGGGCUCAACCGAAGAAUCCAUUAGAUGAUUCCGAUGUUCAGGCCGCUGACAGAAGUAUGGAAUUUACUGGUGGUAUAUAUGAAAAUCCUAUUUAUGGGUCAGGGGACUACCCAGAGGUUGUCAAAAGACUUGUAGCUGAGAAAUCCAAAGCUGAAGGCGUCCCAAAUAAACUUCCAGCCUUUACUCCUGAUGAAAUCAAGAUGCUUAAAGGCAGUGCUGAUUUCUUUGGAAUGAAUUUUUAUACAGCUAGUUUGGCAACUAAUGACCCCAGUGGUAAAUCGGAAGCUAACGCUCUAUCUGAAACAGAUCCUCGAUGGAAAGGAUCAGCGUCCUCUUGGUUGAAAGUAACACCAUUUGCUAUUAGAAAGAUGUUAAAUAGAGUGAGAAGAAAGUAUGGUGAUAUUGGUAUCUUUGUGACUGAAAAUGGCGUAUCAGACUCCACAGGAACCCUUUAUGAUACAGAUAGAGUUCAUUAUUUACGAUCGUAUACCAAUGAAAUUUUGAAAGCUAUCAAAAUUGACAAGGUGAAUGUAAUUGGCUAUACUCCCUGGUCUUUAAUGGACAAUUUUGAGUGGGCAAGAGGUUAUACAGAGAGGUUUGGCCUGGUGUACGUCAACAUGAGCGAUCCAUCAAGACCUCGAAGUGCUAAGCUUUCUGCUAGGUGGUUUUCUCAAUUGACGUCAGAAAAUGGUUUCAAGAGGGGCUAUACAGCAAUAGGAGGAAGAGGUUUGGCGGUCCAAAAGGAGAACGAAUUCUACUAUGGUACAUUCCCUAAAGAUUUCGCUUGGGGAGUUGCUACAUCUGCUUAUCAGAUUGAAGGUGGUUGGAAUGCUGACGGUAAAGGACCCAGUAUUUGGGACACAUUGACGAGUAAAGGAUUGGCCAAUAAUGGUGAAACUGGUAAAAUAGCCUGUGAUAGUUAUCAUUUAUAUAAAGAUGAUGUUCAGAAAAUGGUAGAUUUAGGGUUGAGUCACUACAGGUUUUCAAUAUCAUGGUCAAGAGUUUUAUCAGAUGGUACAAAGAGCUCUAGAAAUCAGCUUGGUAUAGAUUAUUAUAAGAACUUAUUGAAAGAAUUAGAUAAGAAUGGUAUACCACCGAUAGUUACACUAUACCAUUGGGAUCUACCACAAGCACUAUCAGAUCGUGGAGGUUGGACUAAAACAUUCAUACAAGACGCUUUCGUUGAUUAUGCCAAUCUGUGUUUUGAAGAAUUUGGUCAAUGGGUUAAAAUAUGGAUAACUUUCAAUGAACCGCAAGUGUUUACUACUGGUGAUUUUGAUCUACGUGGUCAAGAUGGUCAAGUACAGUAUCAGAAAGCACACAAUGUAAUUAUAUCUCAUGCUAAAGCGUACCGAUCAUAUCAUAAGUCGUAUGCAUCUAAGCAGCAUGGUAAAAUAAGCAUUACAUUAAAUGGCAAUUGGGCUGAACCAUUAAAUCCUGUAAGUCUAUCAGAUUACGAGGCUUCUGAUUGGACCAUGCAGUUUGUAUAUGGUUGGUUUGGUCAUCCAGUGUAUGUGGACGGAGAUUAUCCAGAUAUCAUGAAGGAAAGAGUAGGUCAAAUAAGCAGGAAACAAGGCUUCAAUGAAUCUCGCCUGCCAACGUUUACUGAUAAAGAAAAAUCUAUGAUAAAUGGUAGUCAUGAUUUCAUUGGAUUAAACUUGUAUUCAACUGAUAUGGUCACUAAAUCAUCUAAUGAUGCUGGAAAACUGAAACCUGACUACGGUAGAGAUAUUGGAAUCACUGGGUCAAAAGAUCCGUCGUGGAAAAGGGCAUCAGCAACCUGGUUAGCAGUAACACCAUUUGCUAUUAGAAAGUUGUUGAACUGGGCCAAGAUUAACUUUGGUAAUGAGGAGAUUUAUAUAACUGAAAACGGUUAUAGUGAUUUGUCUGGAGAGAGAAAUGAUACGGAUAGAGUUGAGUUUUACACCCUAUAUCUCAACGAGGUCUUGAAAGCCAUAGACUUGGAUAAAAUAAACGUCAAGGGAUAUAUGGCUUGGUCAUUAUUAGAUAACUUUGAAUGGAGAAGUGGAACAUCUCAAAAGUUUGGACUAUAUCAAGUAGAUUUCACUGAUCCAGCCAGGCCAAGGAAAGCAAAAGCAUCUGCUGCAUUUUAUUAUAAAUUGAUCAAAGAUAAUGGUUUCGAACCGGGAUCUGAAAUUGAUCCAACACCUCCUCAAUUACCAUACAAGGAAAAGUUAUACAUGGGUGAAUUCCCUGAUGAUUUUUCGUGGGGAAUCUCAACCCCAGAACUCGUUACUGGUCAGGAUUAUCUGAGUCAAAUACAAAAUUUACAGAAAAUAAUUGGGGAUUACUUCAUAUUCAGCCUGUCUUAUUCGAAGAUCAUGAAAAAUGAGAAAGCACAGGAUCAGAUUGGCAUACAAUAUUAUAACACUGUUUUAGAUGACAUAUUAGAUGUUGGCGUCAGGCCAAUUGUUUCCCUGGAUCUAACUAACUCAAAUUUGAAUGAUUUUGAAAUCUAUGCCAAGAUUUGCUUUGAACAUUUUGGCGACAGGGUAAAGUCAUGGAUAACAUUCAGGAAUCCAAUAAACAGCAAUGAUAUUGAUGAUCCCGAAAUAAUACACAAAAUGAUAUUAACCCACGCAAAGAUAGUACAUAUAUAUAGACAACAGUUUCAGCCAAAACAAAAAGGUCAAAUUGGUAUUGGACUCAAAUCUCAAUGGUAUGAACCUGACGAUCCAUUUGACCCCAGAUCAUUGAGACAACGAGAUAUCAAAGUAGCUACAAGGUUUGAUUGGAUAGCACAUCCUAUAUUUCUGACUGGUGCAUACUCUGAAAUGUUGAUGAAACAAAUGCCGACCCUAAAGCAAUUUAGUCUAGAAGAAAGUGAAAUGAUUAAAGGUUCUGCUGAUUUCAUGAUUCUUGAUUAUAACCACACAAUGAUAGGACAUUCGAUAAAUACAAAUUCAAUAGAUUUACGACAUACCUUGAGAUUAAUAAAGAAUAGAUAUAACAAUCCUAUGGUAUACCUCGGCGAUAUAGGACUUAAUCGCUUGCAUUACGACGACCUCUUUGUAUAUCUAUUUUACCCUAACCAAGUUUUAAAGGCAAUUAGAAUGGAUGGUUGUAACAUCAAAGGUUUGUCAAUAGACGCAAAUACACCUCCACAUUCACUCCAACAGUUUAGUCAUCUUGUUAAAGACAAUGGAUUCUUUAAAACUCUGAACCAACUGAAUCAUAAUGAAACCAUGACUAUCGAAAACUCAACUUCAACCAUAACUGAUGCUAGAAAACAAAAAACCACACCCCCCGGUCCUGUUUCUAAAUCAAAUAGUGUUUUUAAAUUUAUUUUAUUUCCAUCUUUAUUAACUGUUUUCUUUGUACAUAUAUAA